AUGCUUCCAAACUUGAUGCUGUUCAUUUGUUUCAUAAUUUCUUCCUCCGUUUUCACUGCCCAUUCUUAUAACAACAAAUGCCUCCGUCAUCAGGAAACCUUGUUGCUUCAACUCAAGCAUGAGUUGAUCUUCAAUUCUUCUCAUUCGACAAAGCUGGUGCGAUGGAAUGAAAGUGAUGCGUGUUGCAAGUGGCACGGUGUGGAAUGUGAUGCUUCUGGCUAUGUCGUUAGUUUGCAGCUUGAUGAUGAGGCCAUUUUCGGUGGAAUUGUGGAUUGGUCGAGUCUCUUCAGAUUUAAAUAUCUGCAGAAGCUUAAUCUUGCCGACAAUGACUUCAACUAUACUGAUCCCAUUCCAAGAGGUUCGCUUCCUUCUACAUUCUUUGAAGGUCUUUCCAAUCUCGUUCAUCUCGAUUUGCAGUACAAUUCAUUCUCUGGUAACAUUCCCCGCUCUCUUUUUGCUCUCUCUUCAUUGUUGGAACUUGAUCUUCAAAACAACCGAUUUAAUGGCACUUUUCAAAGCCUUCCCAAUCUCACAUUGCUUGGUCUAUCUUACAAUAGCUUGUCAGUAGAUGUUGGAAACGUCAAUUCAAGCUCAUAUGGAGGUCUCCAAUUAAAAGAAUUGUACCUAAAUUCGUGUAACUUGUCCAGUUUUCCUGGUUUUAUCAAACAUUUGGAUCUAGAAAGAUUGGAUCUCUCAAACAAUAGUAUUCAGGGGGAAAUACCUAAUUGGAUUUGGGGAACACAACUUGAGUCUUUGGUCCUCUCCUUUAAUCUUCUAACAAAUCUGCAAAAGCCUUAUUAUAUCCCUCCUUCUCUUGACACCCUAUACUUGGACUCUAACCAGCUUAGGGAUGAGUUGCAUCUGCCCAUUUCAUUUGAAUCUAAACUGUCAGUGUUGUUACUUGCUAAUAACAGUUUAAGUGGAUCAAUUCCAACCUCCAUCUGUAAUGCCACACGGCUGGUUGAACUUUACUUGUAUAGUAACAGAUUGAGUGGAUCAAUUCCAACCUGCCUCUGCAAUGCCACACAACUCAGUCAUCUUGACUUAUCUGGAAAUAAAUUAAGUGGCAGCAUACCCGCUUGCCUACUUAUAAACCUUACGGAUAUCAAUUUGAGUCGUAAUAACAUACCCUUUUUCCCACUUGAAAAGAUUAGCUUGCUCGAUCUGAGUCAAAACAACAUCAACGGUAGCAUUUUUCCUACGGAUUGUGAGCUAUUUUAUUUGGAUCUUAACAAUAACAAUUUAGAAGGGAAGAUCCCAAAGUCCCUUGAACAUUGCAAGGGGUUGGAGUACAUGAAUGUUGGCAACAACAUGAUGAACGACACUUUCCCAUGCAUGCUAUCAUCGACCUUACUUGUUCUUGUUUUGCACUCCAAUAGAUUCCAUGGGGAUUUAAGUUGUCACAAUAGUUGUCCACAUCUCCAGAUUCUAGAUGCAUCUUCGAAUAAUUUUAGUGGAAGCCUGGAAUCAAUCAACUUCUCUAGUUGGACGGCUAUGAUGCUAUCGAGUGAUGAAAAGUUCCGUAUCGACUUUCUGAGCUUUGGCAUGACACAAAUGGUGAAAGGCCAAAUUAUGGAGCUUUACAAAAUUUUUGCAGACUUUAGUACCAUUGAUUUGUCCUCCAAUAGUUUCUACGGAAAGAUACCAAAUGCAAUUGGUGAUCUUACCUCACUUCAUCAACUCAACUUCUCCCACAAUGCCCUCAAUGGAAGCAUACCAAAAUCAUUUGGUAGGUUGAGUAAUCUCGAAUCACUCGACCUCUCUGUAAACCAACUCGUUGGGCCAAUCCCACAGGAGCUCGGAGGGCUCACAUUCCUUGCACACUUGAAUCUCUCUUACAAUAUGUUUGUUGGAGCGAUCCCAAAAGGUCGUCAAAUUCAAACAUUCUCAGCUGAUUCAUUUGAAGGAAACUUGGGGCUAUGCGGUUACCCUCUCGACAUAAACUGCAGUAAUACUAAUGUAUCGCCGCCAGCUGGAUAUGAUGAAAAUGGGGAAGAGGAGAAGGAGAUAGAGUGGGAAUACGUGUGUGCUGCGGUUGGAUAUGUUGUGGGAGUAGGAAGCAUUGUGUGGCUACUUUUAUUCUGUCGAAGCUUCAGACAGAAAUACUUUGGCAAAAUAGAAGAGGUUGUCGAAGACAUGUUCAUUGCCAGAGACAUGAGAAGAAGGCGUGCAAGAAGAGCAAGGAAUCAAGUCAGGAGACAUUAG